CCGAUUAACAAAUUUCUUCUUAUGGAGGAUAUAGUAAAGUCGACUCGAAGUCUCAAACGUAAGAAAUUCUCCAAAGAUAUUAUUGUCUUACGUCCAGUAGGGCAAGUGCCAAGUCGACUCAAAGUCUCAAACGUAAGAAAUUCUCAAAGAUAUUGUCUUGCGUCUCAACACUGCUUCGUAGCUUGUCUCAAAGACUUGAUUAACGCAUGA